ACGGCGCCGUGGCCCGCCCUGUUGACGGAUGCAUUAUCGGAACUUCACUUGAGCGCAGCAACAAUGACGAUGUGAAGCAGGCUCCUUUCACCGCCUCGCUGUCGCGUUCCAGCUGCGAGGCGGCAAGCAGCGCUAUGGGUGCAGUCUUCCUCCACGGGCUUGGCGAUGUUCUACCCACAUUACUCGCUUCAUUCGCGCUGUAUUGCGGGGCCAUCGUUGUCGGUGCGUUUGCCUGCUUGGUCACCCUCUUGUACUACAUUAAACACAAGCAACGCGAGACGAUGGUCUACAUGGAGAAGUUUCCCGGGCGAACGGAGCCCAUCCCCAUGCUGACCACAUGGUCGAUACAUCGGACCCUUUCCAAAGAGGCGCAUCGUUUGGACGUCGGAACGCAUUUGUUCCAGCUGUCCACCGGAUUUUCUCGGGUGUACCAGAAACAUGGCAUGCUUCGAUUUUAUGACGCUACUCAUCCCAUUCUAGCAGUGUUCAAAGCUGAUCAUAUUGAGGAACUUUUGACAAGUAAUACAAUACUUAAGAAAGGUCAUGAAUACGACCUAUUAGGGCCAUGGCUUGGAACUGGUCUUCUUACAAGUUCAGGCUCAAAGUGGCGCUCUCGGCGGAAACUUCUGACACCUGCGUUCCAUUUUCGAAUCCUGGAGGACUUUCUGCCUGCCGUCAAUGAACAGUCCAAAGUCUUGGUACACAAACUUGGCCAGCUUGGAAAAGAACGUUCCUGCGACAUCGUUCCUCUAGUAACCCUUUGUGCUUUAGAUAUUAUAUGCGAUACUAUAAUGGGCUACACGAUCAAUGCUCAAAGCAACCAGCAUUCGGAUUAUGUUCAAGCCAUCCAAGUGCUUGGUCACAGCUUCACACGGCGCAUAGAGUCACCGUUAUACUGGAUAGACGCGAUAUUCCGUCUUUCAAAGCCUGGUAGGCUGUUCCAUCAGAAAAUUGGAGACCUUCAUCAAUUUACUCUCAAGGUUAUCCGUGAGCGAAAGGAAGAGCUUUUGUCGUGUCCCGAGCUACAAGAGUCUCUCGAGGAAACAUCUCUGGAAAGUGACAUCUACGGCGUGAAAGGAAAGACCAGGAAACCAUUCCUCGACAUCCUCCUCCGAGAACACAUCAAGGACCCUGAAAAUUUUACCGAAGAAGAUGUUCGAGAAGAAGUGGAUACUUUUAUGUUUGAGGGUCAUGACACGACAGCCAUGGGAAUGAGCUGGGCUCUGUAUCUUAUUGGUUUGUACUCCGAGCACCAGGAACUCAUGCACCAAGAACUGGACACCAUAUUUGGCGACAACCAGACCCGACCUAUCACUUCGGAAGACUUGAAGCAAAUGAAAUACAUGGAAUGCUGCCUAAAGGAGUCCCAACGAUUGUAUCCAUCAGUUCCAUUCAUCACCAGAACGUGCGAGCAAGACGUCAUGAUCGCUGGCCGAAAGGUACCGAAAGGCGCGGACAUCCAAGUUGGCAUUUACAACCUGCAUCGUGACCCAGAAGUAUUCCCCAAGCCCGAAGAAUUCAUUCCAGACAGGUUUCUUCCUGAAAACGUGAAAGGGAGACACCCUUUUGCUUUCGUUCCUUUCUCUGCUGGCCCAAGAAACUGCAUUGGUCAACGUUUUGCCAUGAUGGAAGAAAAAGUCGUCAUUGCCAACAUCCUUCGAAACUACAAGCUGGUUUCACUGCAUCAUCGAGACAAGAUCCGUGUCAUGGCGGAGCUCGUUUUGAGACCCAAGAGUGGUCUGCAUGUGAAAUUUAUCCCGAGGGAGCCUACAAAAUUGAAAUGAAAGCAUUCAGCGACAAUUCUUUCCUCCGAAGCUUUCACGCGUUGACUAAAGCACGUCUGCAAACGGACUGAAUAAAUGAAACAUAUGACAGCGACGGUCACCUCGCUUAUAUCUGCAGAUUUCUGUCAUUUCUAUAAAUAAUAAGCUCAAAGGCAGUAUAAAAUAAAACUAUUGCAUUCUGAUUUUA